AUGUGGGAAAACAUCACCAAACUAAUGAAUGGCAUUCCUGAAGUACAUAGGUUACAAUUUACAAAAAAGCUACCAGAAAUGUAUGCAGAGUAUGAAAAAAUAGCAGCGAACACUGAACACAACCCAGGGACUGAGAGCUUAGAGAGCCACAUUGGCAAUGUAGAAGGACAUUGUGUCGAGGUAUCAACCAUCCAACAACUCCAAAAUUCAAUUGGAGUUCCUAACAGUAUUAAGGUAAAGCUUACAGAUGAUGGAGAUAUUACUGACUGCAAAAUCAUCUUGACCACUCAAGAAAUAAAAUGGUGUCAUUCAAAAUUGAGAGAAUGUGGCAUAUCAGAAAGGGUUCACGAGUUGUUAGCAGAGAGUGAAAUAGUUUUACCAAAGUAUGAGCCCCCUCCAAGAAAUCCAGAACUUGAGGCUAGAAUUCAAAGACUUCGAUUUGAGCAAGAAAAUCGAGAGUACAAAAAUAUGACCAAAUCCAUUGAUCCUUCUCAUUUUAAAGAUAGCAAUAAUGUUGGAGAUAUUGGUAAGGAAUUGAGAAGUGUUAAUAGACAGAUUAUUUCAGGGAUGCAGUAUCUCUUGUCUCUUGUGGGUACAUUCUUUGCUGUUUUUAUUGGAAUGGGUCUAGCCACCCCUGAUUAUGGUGUUAGGGCAUUAAUAGCCACAAUUUCGGCUGUAGUUGUUGGAAUUGCAGAAAUGUUCUUCAUCAUUAGAGAGGAUUUAAGGGAGGAAAGCAAGCUAAAGAAACAAGAUUAAAACAUUUUGCAUAAAUUAAAAGUUUUUUGAAUGUACAGUACUGUGUAGACUCAAUAUUUUAUUUGCAGAAUUAUGCAAGUUGAAGUAAAAUAUAUAUUGUAGUAUUUAAUCAUACAGUAAAUGACUAAAAGAAUAACUUUUAGACCUAGAAAGGGACUUAUAAUGUCCAUAUUAAAUUAUUUUAUCAAAUUAAUGAUUAGUGAUAUUUCAGGCAAAUAAAAUUAUUUAAUGCUGACAAAUAAUUAGCUUUAUUUAUUUACAAAUUUAGAGAAUCAAAGCUGUGAUUUACGGUUGGGUAAAAUAUUUUUUCAAUUAAAUUAAAUGUGUAAAUAUUUAUAUAAAAAAGAUUGCUUGUACCAUUAUACUCUAAUCAAACUGGAACUCUUUCAUAUUAAUUUAGAAACUUAGAUUUACAAUGCACCCUUAUAAAAUUAUGUAUAUAAAUAAACAAUAAUAGUGUUCUUCCACAUAUUAAAAAUAUAUAUACUG